AUGCUUGCUGACGCACUCAAAGCGAUCAACGACGACGGGAGUCCCACAGAUGGCAUUGCGGAGCUUGUCGUCACGGCGCUCGGCUCCGGCGGGCAGUACUAUAUCUGCUGGAGGACGCAGCUGGGCACCUAUAAGCAGCGCUCGGAUGCACUCCCAGCGAGGCUAGAGCAAUGGCUCUUUCCCCCAGACGGAACAACCCGAGACUUCGAGAGUCUGCAAGUAAUACUCUAUGGCGACGAUACCUUCCUGGCCAGCGAUCGCGAUGGAGAGAUCCGAAGCGAGCAAGCCGACACUUCCAGCCCUCGCAACCGUUUCCGGCGCGCCACGACAAUGAGUGAAGGGACAGGCUGGCUCCACAGACGAUCAACAGGCUUGAGACCCGAGGUCACCGAUCUCCAGCAUAAGCGCGCCAUGUCCGCGGACCGGCCAUCUGCAUCGAGGGCAAGACCACUGUCUCUGCUAGGCGGCGGCGGAAGCAGCAGCCCCAGCUCACGGACAACUACAAGUGCGAGCCAUCAUCGAAACAGUGUCAUGGGCCGCACCGAGGGACGGAACCGGCUGAAGGAAGUCGAGGAGCAGACAGGCCAAUCGCUGCCGAGGCUUCUGACUAGGACGUCGAGCUUCAAGCGAGGAGUGGAGAGAUCUGAGACCUGGUCCCGAACGAGGCGCUCGCUGUCGCCAGCGCUGACGGGCGAGAGCCCCGAGGCACCCGAGUCGGCGUGCUCGUGCCAUACACAUGACAUCCCAGUCCACGCUGACUCGAGGCCACAUGGCAGGCCCGCCUACGCGGAUGCUGGAGUACAGACGGACAUGAGCACGGACAGCUCGCCAAAAGCGAUUGGCGAAUUGCUACGCGGGCGAGGGAGCCAGAUUGAUGGAGAUGAGCAUCAACAGCGACAAUAUCAAGAUGGCGUGUCGAAUCGGGAAUACGCCACACUCCAUGCUGGUAUCCGGCAAUCACCUUGCGAGCAUUAUCAUCACCGUGAUGGCAUAGAGACGGCAGCCAUCGGUUUUGGGAGCAACCCAGUCAUCAUGGGGAGGAUGCAAGACUACUUUCGAAGUGGCAUGUACACUCUAGGCCAAGCCCUGGACCAGUGA